GAAUUAUCAAAGAUCCCUCAUAAGAUCCAGCAGAAGCAGUCCGCUGCAAUUAUUUCAGUCUGGAAGAAUAUGACUGUCCAAGACUUGGCUGCUGCAAUGGGCAGAGACAUUGACCAGGUCUUCGAGGCUAUGCUGUAUGUGGAGAAUGCCGAUGCGUAUGACUCUCCAACAUCCCAGAUCAAUCAGUUGGGAGUGAUAGUGGAGACAGUUAAGAGAUGCGGAAUGCGAUGUGUGACCAUUGCAAGCCCAGAUUCCAUUCAUGAUUUCUCCUCUGAUUCAAAAGAUGUCACUCGACGGCCUCCUCCUGACCGAAAGAUGAUGGUGAAAUGUCCACCUGUUGUCACCAUCAUGGGACAUGUGGACCAUGGAAAAACCACAUUGCUUGAUUCUCUCAGGCAUUCUCAUAUUGUGGAAACUGAAUAUGGUGGGAUUACCCAACAUAUUGGAGCCUUUUCAGUGAAAUUGGAGACAGGGGAAAGUGUGACCUUCUUGGACACACCAGGACAUGCAGCUUUCAGUGCUAUGAGAGCACGUGGAGCCACUGUCACUGACAUUGUUGUACUUAUUGUUGCUGCUGAUGAUGGUGUGAAGGAACAAACCAUUGAGUCUCUUCACCUUGCUAGAGAAGCUCAAGGUGCCAUUCUCCCAUUUUCCCUUCUUGAUCUGAUUCUUUACAUAUCAACUCAUACUGAAGACUCCUUUCUUCCAGUUCCCAUCAUUGUGGCAAUUAACAAGAUUGACAAAGUGGGUGUGGACCUGAAGGAACAACGGAAGAGAGUCCGAGAGGAAAAAAAAGAGCUGAAAGAAAUUGAGGUAAAGAAGAGGAAGGACGAACGGAAGGCCAAGAAGAACCAACAGAAGAGUGUUGCUGGUGAACCAGAGAGAGUUACGGGGAAACCGAAGAAAAGGAUUAAAGAAGAUAUGGUGACUGUGACUAACGUUGGACUGACAAAGAAGCCCGGAGAAAACAAGAGCACCAAAGGACUGCGACUCACUGAACGCUGCAAACGAAUGCUAUUGGGGCAAGGCUUGGACUUGGAGGAAUUUGGGGGGGAUGUCCAGUGUAUCCCAAUCUCUGCACUGGAGGGGAAGAACUUGGAUCUUCUCAUCGAUGCCAUUCUCACUCAGGCUGAAAUCAGUGACAUUCGAUGUGACCCAAAGGGUCCAGUUGAGGGAGUCAUUAUUGAAUCUUGCACUGAUCCUGGCAGAGGGAAGUUAUGUACAGCCAUCAUCCAGAGAGGUACCUUGUACAAGGGAACUAUUUUAGUAGCUGGAGAAGCAUGGGCUAAAGUGAGGUCCAUGUUCAACGAUCAAGGUCUUCCUAUUUUGGAUGCUCCUCCUGCUACCCCAGUAGAGAUUGUUGGCUGGAGAGAACUACCUUCAGCUGGAGAUGAGAUCCUUGAAGUCCCCUCUGAAAAAAAAGCCCAUGAGGUUGUUGCAUGGAGGAGGCAUGUUCAUCUCCAAGAAAAAGGAGACCAGGACUUAAGUGCCAUCCAGGAGAAAAUGGAAGAGCACUUAAGAGUGUAUAAGGCUGAACUGGAGGAAAGGAGGAGACUCAGGGUUCGAAGGCUCAGGCGAAGGGGGCUUCGACCAAAAGAAAAUCCUUCAUUCCCAGAUGAUAACUCCAGACUGGCCAUUGUCAUCAAGGGAGAUGUUGAUGGAUCGGUUGAAGCCAUCUUGGAUGUCUUGGACACUUACCAUUCUCCUCUCUGUCAUCUUGACAUCAUCCACUAUGGAAUUGGUGCAGUUUCUAUGAAGGAUAUUGAAUUUGCAGAAGCGUUCCAAGGUCAGUCCCUGGGAGUCCAACUGUGUGAUUCUGCCCUUUUUCCUUCCUUCACUUUUCCUUAUUCAUUGCUAGGUGAAGCUGAUGUUUUGCAAGAGUUCCUUGUCUCUGAGGGCCGCAAGAAAAUUCCUGUUGCGGGUUCUCGGUGUACCAAGGGAGUGCUGAAAAAAUCUGCAAAUUUUCGAGUCCUUCGAGGGGGAAAUAUAUUGCAUGAAGGAAGUCUUUCAUCAAUGCGGCACUUGAAGAAUGAAGUGGAUGCCAUCAAGAAGGACACAGAGUGUGGACUUUGUUUCCAAGAUAUUUCUCUGCGCUUUCAACCUGGAGAUACCAUAAUAUGCUUUCAGAUUGUCAAACAGCCUCAAAAGAUUGACUGGGACCCUGGCUUUUGAAUUUGAAACUUUGCAUAAUACAGGCUUCUCUGUCUAAUGUACCUGUUACUACCCCUUUGGUGGGGAAUUUCUUGAACAGACA